CGUCGUUUCAAGGUUGAGGCAUAAAAGUGAACUUGAAGUGGACACAUGACUUGAGAAUAAGUUCCAUUUCAUAAGAGUGAACACUCAAAGGUACUUGUGCUUACUCCUAUGUUAUAACGUCCAUAAAGCGGCCAUUGUUGGAUUCGAACUUAUCCAGUUUGCGCUACCAGCUGCGUUCAGUGACGGAGUUAUCAAUAGGGCGUCUCUGCAGUGACAAGCGACGGCCAAUGCAUUCGGUUCUCUGCAACCGUGAAAGAGAAAGGUGCUAUGCGCUGAGAUCUGUCUAGAUCUGACUGACGGAUCAGAAAAAGGUGCGUCCGUGGAUAUCCUACUGUAUAGAGCCAGUCGGCUGAAAUUGGAAAGUUAGAAAGAUGCUGGUUCUAGUUCUCGGUGAUCUGCAUAUUCCCCAUCGGACGCAUAGCCUGCCUGCCCAGUUCAAGAAAAUGCUUCAACCGGGUCGGAUACAACACAUCCUUUGCACAGGUAAUUUAUGCACAAAAGAAUCAUACGAUUACCUAAAAACGUUAGCGUCCGAUGUCCACGUCGUCCGUGGAGAUUUCGACGAGAACUCUAAUUACCCUGAACAGAAAGUCGUCACCGUAGGCCAAUUUCGAAUCGGUCUCUGCCACGGCCAUCAGAUCGUCCCGUGGGGUGAUAUCGAAGCGUUGGCUGUGGCUCAACAUCAACUGGAUGUAGACAUUCUAAUUUCAGGCCAUACGCAUCGAUUUUCUACGCAUGAGCAUGGCGGGCGUUUCUUCAUAAAUCCUGGCUCAGCUACAGGAACCUAUUCCGCCCUGGAAAGCGAUGCUACCCCCUCCUUUGCCUUAAUGGACAUUCAGAGUAGUAACGUUGUGGUUUAUGUCUAUCGACUUGUCAAUGGCGACGUAAAAGUUGAACGUACCGAAUAUAAGAAACCUUAAACUAAUAAUCUGCGACUGAAAAAAGAGAAAAGAUGCAUGCAAUUAUAACUACCCUGGCAAACGUGGGUCCUGCCCUUCAAAUGGCCUUAAAUGAGGAAAUCGGUCGGGUGGAAAGGUUCCGGGGCUGUUAUAAUAAUCCACAAUGAUGGACUCUAUAUAAUUCGUUUGUUUGUUGGCCGUUGUGGCAAGCAAAAUUUGAAAUUUUAUUGCAAGUACGACACGAAAGGAGAGAUAAUGUUAAAAAUACAAGCACAGUAAAUAUAUUACACACAUAUAUAUAAACAUAUUAUCACAUGAAUAAUAAUUGAAUUUUCAUAUAACGUUCGAGGCUCGGUAAUUGAAGAUUCACGCAUAGACAUGUAUAGACGAAACAUUGAGACGUAGCUAAAAAAAACAAAUUAGAAAGAUAACUCGAGUGCACAAAAUCUUCGUGAAAAAACUCAAUCAAGUACGUUUUUUAAACAUAUAUGCUACUAUAUAAACACAGGCACCUAUAUAUUAAAAAUGGUAUGCGAAUAUUUUUCGAAAGGAAGAACAUGAGUGUUUCAGUGGACGCUAGUAAUAAAGAACGAAACAACAGACGGUAA